CCAAAGCUCUGACUUUCCACCGCCCCUCUGUUGACAUGGCCCACCGGGGUGGGGAAAGGGACUUCCAGACAUCAGCCAGACGCAUGGGCACAUCCCUGCUCUUCCAGCUUUCAGUGCACGAGCGGGAGCUGGACCUGGUUUUCCUGGAUCAUAGCUAUGCCAAGCCCUGGAGCGCCCACCCGGAUGCCAGUAGCGCCCGCCCCACCCGCAUGCUCUUUGUCACUCCCCGGAGGCAGCAUGAAAGUACCAUUGAAUCGGAUGUUCCAAUAGAUGUGGAGACAAUCACGUCAACUCCUGUGCCACUUUAUGACAAUCAGAAGGCCCGAAGUGUGAUGAAUGAGUGUGAACGGCAUGUCAUCUUUGCCAGGACUGAUGCGGAUGCACCUCCCCCACCAGAGGACUGGGAAGAACAUGUCAACAGGACUGGCUGGACUAUGGCACAGAACAAACUCUUCAACAAAAUUCUUAAAGCAUUGCAGUCUGAUCGGCUUGCUCGCUUGGCCAAUGAAGGGGCUUGCAAUGAACCAGUGCUUCGCCGAGUUGCUGUGGACAAGUGUGCAAGGAGAGUGCGGCAGGCUCUAGCAAGUGUGAGCUGGGAUACAAAGCUGAUCCAGUGGCUACACACCUCCCUGGUAGAGACCUUGAGUUUGCCCAUGCUUGCAGCUUACCUAGAUGCUUUACAGACGCUGAAAGGGAAGAUCCCUACCUUGAUUGACCGAAUGCUUGUGUCGUCCAACACAAAGACUGGUGCUGCAGGAGCUGAAGCCUUGUCCCUCCUGCUGAAAAGGCCUUGGGACCCUGCUGUGGGAGUGCUUUCUCAUAACAAACCUAGCAAACUCCCUGGCUCACCUCUCAUCCUCAUUGCCUCCUCUGGGCCCUCCAGCUCCGUGUUUCCCACCUCACGCCGUCACCGCUUCUGGCAGUCUCAGCUCUCCUGUUUAGGCAAGGUCAUCCCAGUGGCCACCCAUCUGCUGAACAAUGGCAGUGGGGUUGGAGUGCUACAGUGUCUUGAACACAUGAUUGGGGCAGUAAGAAGCAAAGUAUUAGAGAUUCACAGCCAUUUCCCCCACAAACCCAUUAUCUUGAUUGGCUGGAAUACGGGAGCUUUGGUGGCCUGUCAUGUCUCGGUAAUGGAUUAUGUCACUGCAGUUGUCUGUCUUGGGUUUCCUCUGCUUACUGUGGACGGCCCCAGAGGGGAUGUGGAUGAUCCACUUUUGGAUAUGAAGACACCAGUCCUCUUUGUCAUUGGUCAGAAUUCCUUGCAGUGUCACCCUGAAGCCAUGGAGGACUUUCGAGAGAAGAUUCGGGCUGAAAACAGCUUGGUAGUGGUUGGGGGAGCUGAUGAUAAUCUCAGAAUAAGCAAAGCUAAGAAGAAAUCAGAAGGAUUGACUCAGAGCAUGGUGGACAGAUGCAUUCAGGAUGAGAUUGUAGACUUUCUGACUGGAGUGCUCACUCGCAACGAAAGCCAUGUAACCUCUGAGCCUCGGGAUCAAGAUGCUGAGAAGAAGAAGAAGGCCAGGGAUAUGACUCGAAGAGACUUGGCCUUUGAGAUCCCUGAGCGGGCCAGUCGACCUGCUUCCCCAGCUGCCAAGCUGCCUGCCUCGCCCUCAGGCUCAGAGGAUCUCUCCAGUGUGUCCAGCAGUCCCACAUCCAGUCCCAAGACCAAAGUAACUACAGUAACCUCUGCACAGAAAUGCAGUCAAAUUGGGAGCUCUCAGCUUCUGAAAAGGCACAUGCAGCGGACAGAGGCUGUAUUGACUCACAGACAAGCCCAAGCACAGUUUGCUGCUUUUCUGAAACAAAAUAUGCUGGUGAGGAAAGCUCUUCCUCCUGGCACUUCCUCCUGUCUCUUUGUUCCCAUUUCAUCAGAACAAGCAGAAGAUGCAGAGAAAGAAGAUCUUAGGGUCCAGCUGAAACGGCAUCCUCCCUCCAGUCCUCUUUCUGGUUGUAAAGCCUCCAAGAGACCCAAGAUCAAGGUGUCUCUUCUGUCCCAAGGGGAUGCAGCUGGAGGGCCUUAUGUGCCUUCCCAAGGAGCAGUUCCAGAGGUCAUGGGAGGGAAGCCCAUUACCAUGGCCCUGGGACAAGCUUCUGCAGCCGCCAAGGAACUCACAGGACUUCUCACCACAACCAAGUCAAGUACUUCAGAAGGGGGUGUCUCAGCCAAUCCAUCCUCCUCAGUGGUCUCGAGCAGCACAGUACCUAGCACCUUGCAUACACUCCAGAGCCGCCUGGUGGCCACCUCUCCUGGCAGCUCUCUCCCAGGGGCCACAUCAGCCAGCAGCCUCCUCCAGGGCCUCAGCUUCAGCUUGCAGGAUAUCAGCAGUAAGACCUCUGGCCUCCCAGCAAAUCCCUCUCCAGGGCCUGCUUCACAGGCCACCAGUGUGAAGUUGCCCACCCCCAUGCAGAGCCUGGGUUCCAUCACCACAGGUACCAGCACUAUUGUUCGUACCAUUCCUGUGGCCACCACUCUCUCCUCUUUGGGUGCCACACCUGGUGGGAAGCCCACAGCCAUCCACCAGCUGCUGACUAAUGGAGGCCUCGCUAAGUUGGCAAGCAGCCUCCCUGGCCUGGCUCAGAUCUCUAAUCAAGCAUCAGGCUUGAAAGUCCCUACUACCAUCACUCUGACGCUCCGUGGCCAGCCAAGUAGAAUCACCACACUGAGCUCCAUGGGCUCAGGAACAACCUUGUCAGAGGAAUCCACCUCCCAGGCAGUGUCUUCCAACUCACAGCACCUGCCUCCAGCACCCUGAAGAUGCUGUGAUUUGUCCCUCUUUGCCAGUUGGUGACGGAUGUUGCAUAGUGAGCCCUCGGCAUGUGAUGUCCUGUUG